GAAAUGAAGCGCGACACAGUACUUGCAUAAUUUUGUAUACAUAUAGAAAGCGGGUUGUGGAAAGCAGCCCCUAAUUGAAGUUGGCGCUAGGGUUUCAUUUUGUUAUCCUCUCCGUCCCUCACUCCUCUCUCUGCUUCUUCACAUUUUCACAGAGAUGAAUGUCGAAAAAUUAAUGAAGAUGGCCGGUUCGGUCAGAACUGGUGGGAAGGGUACAAUGAGAAGAAAGAAGAAGGCUGUACACAAGACGACCACCACCGAUGACAAGAGACUUCAAAGUACGUUAAAGAGAAUUGGAGUGAAUGCCAUACCUGCAAUCGAGGAAGUUAAUAUUUUCAAGGAAGAUGUGGUUAUACAGUUUGUUAACCCAAAGGUGCAAGCAUCUGUUGCAGCCAACACCUGGGUUGUUAGCGGCACUCCUCAGAACAAGAAAUUGCAAGACAUUCUUCCUCAAAUUAUCAACCAGUUGGGUCCGGAUAACUUGGAGAAUUUGAAAAAGUUAGCAGAACAAUUCCAGAAGCAGGCACCGGGUUCUGGUUCUGGUGCAGCAGAAGAUGAUGAUGACGAUGUACCAGAACUCGUAGCUGGUGAGACGUUUGAAGCUGCUGCGGAGGAGGGACAGACCCAGACCUCCUAAGGAUUAUGUUUUCCAGUUUUGAAUUGUUGCUUUAUAUUUUCCUUGUUUCCUUUGUCUCUAUGUCAACGAUUAAUAACUCCUCAACUGCUUUCACUUCGGUGAUUGGCUUUAUAUUUUGCAGUAGAAGUAAAUGAGACUCUUUGCAGAA